AUGACGGAGGUGGAGAGGGCGGCACUUCAGGCAGAGAUUGCAGCGCUCAAGGCCGAGCUGGCCGCCAUCCGCAAGGAGGCCCAAGCCAUCAAGUCCGCCCCUAAGCCGGCCGCCACCCCUGUGGCUGCUGCGCCCAAGCCCGCCGCUGCCACUCCCGCCGCAGCUGCGCCUAAGCCCACCGUUGCCGCCUCCACGCCUGCUCCUGCUGCCGCCGCUGCGCCCAAGCCCGCCGCCAGCUCCACCACGACCGCCUCCACGCCGGCCGCCCCUGCGCUCAGGCCCGCGGCCACCACCUCGUUCGUGCCCAAGCCCGCUUCCACGCCCGCUCCCGCGGCUGCUGCUGCCAAGCCCGCGGCGGCGAGCCCUGCCAAGCCGGCCUUCGGCGGCGGUGGCGAGAAGUGCGAGGGCUGCGGCAAGAGGGUGUACCCCAACGAGAAGCUCGCCGCCCAGAACAAGGCCUGGCACAAGCAGUGCUACAAGUGCACCGAGUGCAACUCUGUCCUCACCGUCAACACGGGCUACGCCCACAAUGACAAGCCCUACUGCAAGAUGCACUACACGAAGCUGGCUGGCGGCACCGUGAGGAUGUAA